AUGACUAGCUCUCGGUGUUUUCCAGCCUUAGACGUUGGCGCGGUUCAGCCACAGUGCUUGAGGCGGUGCUGCCCAGAGGAGGGUCGGAGCACGACGAACGACCUGCGGGGAAGUAUGCGCCACUCGGCCCACGAGAACGUACGCGCGACUCGGCCCAUGGGGAAGACCCGCCUCUCGCCACCGGAGAAGAGCCCGUCAGCUGCCGCCCGGAGAACCAUCGAUAGAGCCUCGGGGCCUCGUAGGAGGAUCGCACGAGCGAUACGGCCGGAUUAUCGUGAUAUGGCAGGCAGGACGUCGAGGUGGAAUCAGGCGUCUGGGUCGAUGGACCAGGACGGAACAGGCAUAUGGGUCGAUGAAUCAGGCAUCUCAGAGAGGGAUCAGGCAUCCCACAGAGAAAUCAGGCAUCCCACAGAAGAAUCAGGCAUCCCACAGAGAAAUCAGGCAUCCCACAGAGGAAUCAGGCGUCUCAGGUAUGAUUGGGAAUCAUACGUGCGCCUACCUUCUUCGUCGAACGCGUGCGUGCUAGUGCGUCAGCGGACGUGGGUGAUAGAUGGGAGACAAGGUGCAGCUGACCCGACGCGGGGUCGAGGCGGUGCGCUAUCACUGUUAGGAGGCGGACGGUGA